AUGCAACGCAUUGAUCUUGCGGGACGGCUCAGCGACCAACAAAAGCUGUGCACAAAAUUGGAAGCUGAGGUCACCAGUCAACAAGACAAGAUAACUAGCCUCAACAUUAGCAAGGAAACACUCGAAGCUGAAUGCGAAAGACUUCACGGACAGAUACAUGAGGCAGAUGAGAAGUUCAAAUCUCAAACUACCGAAGCUGGAAAGCGAGAAGAAACCUUAUCGAAUAAAAUUACAGAUAUACAAUCCAGACUUGAAAAAAUACUCAAGAAACUCGAUGAUGCGAAAUACGAACUAGGCAUUACUCAGUUAGCCUACACUCAGGUUGUCAAGGCUCGUGACCAGCAAGUCAGCCAAGUCCAACAGCUUGAACUAGACCUUGAGGCAGACCGGGUUAAAAUCCACGACCUCAAUAAUUCAUACAAGAAACUUCAAGAAAAGAAUGACAAAGCAGAUCUCACAAUUUCCGAUAUGAAAAAAGCUCAUCAAUCGCGCGAGCGCGAGCUUCAGCAGCGGCUCACUUCAAAAGGCAGAGAGGUUAGGGACCUUGAGCGAGAACUCAACACACUUCGGAGUACUUCUGCGAAUGCCAUUGAGAAGAAAGAAGCUGUGCAGAAAGAACUCGACGCUCAAAUCGAUGCCUUCAAGGCAAAGUCCCAGAGUUUCGACGACCUGCAAAAGACUACUGCACCCUUUACCCAGACAAUAGUCAUUUGCGUCGACGUUAGCGGAAGUCUUGUUUCAAUCAUGCAUGAAGUCAAACAGGUUUACAGGGAAACCUUACUAAUGAUUAAGUUGAGCAACAACGAUGCUAAAGUUGCGGUUGUUGUUCAUGGAAGCCGUACGAAGAUGAAUCCCUUGCCUGCCCAAACCAUUUCCAAUGCGACAUUUCAGAUCCUAGACUCCAUCAACGGCAUGGACAGCGAGGACUACACUUACUGCAUGGAAGAAGCCAGAAGUAUCCUUCAUGCAUAUGUUGGCAGUAAAAAGCUUAUAAUACUCAUAGGAGAUGGAAAUGCCAACUGCUCAAGCUCUACCUCUCUUUUCACAGCUUGCGACCAACUAAAGUCCGCGAACAUUCAAGCACACUCAGUUAUAAUCUACAAUGGCGGAUCUGUGAAUACAUCUGUGGCGAUGCGAGAUAUUUCGAAGUCUACCGGUGGUCGAGUUGAGAACAACAAUACCUACUUGUCGGCUGUUGAGGAAAUCCUCCGUCAUCAACGCGAGGAACAUUUCAAGGCCCUUUAG